GUGUCUGUGUGUGUGUGAGAGGGACUCGGGCCCUGAGGGUCGGGGCUGUGGCCGCGGACCCCGCACAUGGGGAAGAAGCGGCGAGGAGGCGGUGGGGGGGCCCUGGGCCGCGCCAUCAUCAGGGACACAAAGCAGGCGGCCCGGAGGGGCGGCGGGAGCGACUGCUGGCUUCACACAAGUGAACUGAACGAUGGAUACAACUGGGGGCGGCUGAACCUACAAUCAGUAACUGAGCAAAACUCGUUGGAUGAGUUCCUGACCACUGCAGAGCUGGCAGGAACAGAGUUCAUAGCCGAGAAGCUCAAUGUCAAGAUCGUCUCGGCAGAGGCCAGGACAGGUUUGCUGACAGCCGAGGAAAGCCACAAUAUCGAGAAACUCCAUGAGGAGAACAAGCGGUUUCUGUGCAUUCCGCGGAGGCCUCACUGGGAUGAGAAUACAGCAGCCGAGGAACUGAAGCAGGCAGAAAGGGAGAGUUUCCUGGAGUGGAGGCGCCAGCUGGUUCUGCUGGAAGAGCAGCAGAAACUGAUCUUGACGCCAUUUGAAAGGAAUCUAGACUUCUGGCGGCAGUUGUGGAGAGUGAUUGAGAGAAGUGACAUUAUUGUUCAGAUUGUUGAUGCCCGAAACCCGCUGCUUUUCCGGUGUGAAGACUUGGAGCGCUAUGUGAAGGAGGUUCAGAAAGAUAAAGAGAACAUGAUCAUCCUGAACAAGGCUGAUUUGCUGACCCGUGAACAGCGGAGAGUAUGGGCGAGCUACUUUGACAAAGAGGGGAUGCGUGUGGUUUUCUGGUCAGCCACUGCAGAAGGGAAACGGCUGGAUGCAGAAGCCAAGGGAGAAGAGCUGGAGAAAGAAAUGAAUGAAGGGAGUGAGGAGGAGAUAGAGAGUGAAGGAGAGCCUUGCGGUCAGGCUAGUGAUGAGCCUGGUGAAAGCUCAUGUCCUGCCUGCAGUAGCGCAGAUGAAGAUGAUGAUGACAGUCAGUAUGAAGACUGCGAGGAUGAAGAGUUUUGGGAGACUUGCUCUGAAGACGAAAAGGAGUGUAAUUCAAUGAGGUCUGACACCAGGAGCCAGACUGCUGUCACAGCUCUAAAUAAUGGCUCCUCCGCUGCUGGUUGUGUGGAGGCUGAUGGCUAUGGCAGGACUGCAGGUGCCGCUGGCUCUAACGCAGCACAAUGUAAGAAACAAUUUACCCGCAAUUCCAGUCUGUUAAUCGAGAGAAAUGAACUAUUGGAGAUUUUCAAAACUAUGCACCAAGGGGCCCGAGUGAAGGAUGCAGAAAUCACAGUUGGCUUGGUGGGUUAUCCAAAUGUUGGUAAAAGCUCAACAAUCAACACUAUCCUUCGCAAUAAGAAAGUUUCUGUGUCUGCUACUCCAGGCCACACAAAGCAUUUUCAGACGUUGUAUGUGGAGCCUGACUUGUGUUUGUGUGACUGUCCAGGCCUUGUGAUGCCGUCCUUUGUCUCUACCAAGGCAGAGAUGGUGUGCUGUGGAAUCCUACCCAUUGAUCAGAUGAGGGAUCAUGUGCCACCCACCUCUCUAGUCUGCCAGCAUAUUCCCCGGCAUGUUUUGGAGGCCACCUACGGAAUUAACAUCAUUCGGCCCAGAGAGGACGAAGAUCCAGAUCGAGUGCCCACUGCCGAGGAGUUCCUGACCGCCUACGGAUAUAUGAGAGGUUUUAUGACCGCACAUGGACAGCCGGACCAACCCAGAUCGGCUCGAUACGUUUUGAAAGAUUACGUGACGGGUAAGCUGCUGUACUGCCACCCUCCGCCUGGCAUUGACUCAGCUGAUUUCCAGUUCCAACACGACAGGUUGAAAGAGCCUGUGAGUGGGCAAGAUGGUGCCAGGCUCCGAGGAAUUCGCCAGCGGGUGAAGAGAAUCGAAAACGAUGUGGACAAGAGCUUCUUUCAUCAGGAAAACGUCCGCGCCUUGACGAAGGGAGUCAAGAAUGUGAUGGGAUUGAAGCCUGGAGCGACACCAACAACAGGGAGCGACGUGGAGCCUGGGGCGGGAAAACCGUGGAAAAAACAUGGCAACAGGAACAAGAAGGAGAAAGUCCGCAGACUUUGCAAACACCUGGACGGGUGAAGGAAUGUCGGUUGCCGCCGCUACAAACUGGAUAACCCCCUGAAUAGUUUGCUACUCCUCAAUGGAGUAGUGCAACUAAGAAGGCAACACGGUAAAUCUGCGUAAGAAAUUGACUUCAGUUCAGCUCUUAAGACAUUUUGUUGGACACGCAUUCAUUUUUAAAAAAAAAUAAAGUGUUGAGUACAUGACAGUAUUUGAAAAUUGAAGUGACUUAGAAUGAUUCUGUUUCAGUGUGGAAGUUGUAAUCCACAUUAUACAGUGGGAAUUUAGAAUUUCUUCAGGUUGCGUGAAAAAAUUAAUUCUGUUCAGCACAAUAAAAAGGAAUGUUUGUCGUAGAACUACGACUCUUUCAAA